UUGCUUACACCCAGCCAUGGAGGGGAGAGAGGACGCGGAGUACGACUGCCAGGAAGCGUUUGCUGAAGCUCAGCGAUGGGUAGAGACAGUUACUGGGAAAAGCUUUGGAUCUAAAGACUUCCGAGCAGCCCUAGAAAACGGAGUCCUGUUGUGCGAUUUGAUUAACAAGAUCAAACCUGGCAUUGUUAAGAAGAUCAAUCGUCUGUCAACUCCAAUAGCUGGCUUGGAUAAUAUAAAUGUUUUUCUGAAAGCGUGUGAAAAUAUUGGACUGAAAGAAGCUCAGCUUUUUCACCCAGGAGACCUUCAGGAUUUGUCCAAUCGAGUUACAGUCAAACCGGAGGAGACCAACAGAAGAGUGAAAAAUGUUUUGAUUACAUUAUACUGGCUUGGGAGAAAAGCUCAAAGUAGCCCUCAUUAUAAUGGUCCAUACCUCAAUCUUAAGGCAUUUGAGAAGUUAUUAGGGCAAGCAUUGACUAAGGCACUUGAAGAGUCCGGCCACCUGAACAGAAGUGGCAGGGAUAGUGGGUACGGUGAUAUUUGGUACGUUGACCGGGGAGAGCCCUUUCCAUCUUCAGCUAGCCAUAAAAGAGACGAUUCCUUUGAUAGCUUGGACUCUCUCGGCUCAAGAUCCUCUACAAGCUUUUCGUCAGAUAUAACUUUGAAAGGUGGCAGUGAAGGUUGUGACAGUGACACAGACUUGGAACUGCCUUUCAAAAUGCAUGACUCCCAUAAAGACGACAGGUCUUACCGCAGGAUUUCUGUGAUUGAACCGAAACCCACCACUGACUUCAACCGCUUCUUACCCAACAAAAACAAGCAGACGGCAUAUGUGCCAGCACCCUUGAGGAAGAAGAGGACAGAGAAGAAUGAGGACAACAGGAGGAGCUGGGCAAGUCCUGUCACCGAGUCAGAUGGAACAUUUUCAAGUAACCAGAGGAGGCAGAGGCAGUUGGAUACUAAAGAGGAAAACAAAUCGGGAGUUAACAUUCCUUCAGAAUUAUCUGGGUAUUUUGAUGAGGACGAGGAAGAAGAAAUAGGCAUCCCAAACAUUGAGAAAGAUGAUCUCUAUUUUCGCAAGCUAAGUGCUUCAGCAGCAAGUACGGUUGUUGCUUUUGACAAAUUUCUUCCUAAGUUUUGGACUCCAGAAGAAGAAUUGCUAUGGAAAAAAAUCAAGAAAUCCUCUUUCAAACCCUGGUAUAAAGAGAUUCAAGGGUUCAGUAGAAAGAAAUCAGAUUCUGAGGAUGAGGAAUUUGCUUACAAAAAAAGUUCUGCCAUUGUUGCUAAUAAACCAAGAUCAACUUUUGACUGGAACAGCAGUUGCAGAAGGGAUCAGAACUAUAAGCCAACUGCUGAAUAUAUGGGAAGCUCAUUGUCACAGAUUGCAGAAGGAAAAAUCUUGGAGGCUUCCGAUCAGCCCAGUCAGUUUUCGUUACUUCAGGCCCUGCAAAAAUACUCUGACUACUUGUCUUCUGAAACGAAGACUAAAAUUGAUCCUACUUCUGGCCCUAGGCUCAUAAAAUGUAGAAAGAAUAUUUCCUUUGUACCAGGAUGCAAGCAAGGAGAUGCAGAAAAUGGAUGCGUGUAUCCAGAUUUAGAAAACGAUGACUUGUUUGUUCGGAAAACUGGAGCUUUCCAUGUGAAUCAAGUUGUUCUCCAAGACCCUCGGUAUCUAAAAAGAUUCUCUGAGCAGGAGCCUCCUCUAGAGGGUGAGAUAAUUCUGCAGCCCAGGGAAGGACAAACGGUGAUUCCAGACUUGGAAAAGGAUGACAUGAUCCUUCGUAAAAUCCUCUCUCAGAAAAAAGAGGUACCUUUAUCAGGUGCUCCAGACAAGUACCACCCAGCGCUCUUUCCUGAUCCCUGGAGUCUUCCGGAGGAGAUCCGCUCCAAAUUCCUGUGUUUACUUGAAAAGAAUGCAACGCCAGAGGAAAAAAAGAGCGACGGUAGAGUUCUGUCACCAUCUUCCCACCAUAAGAAGGAUGAUAUGCUGACUCGGAAGAUUGAAUCUUGGAAGGUGGGCAGCAAUGUCCAGCCAGUGAAUUUCAUCCCGGGUCCAUGCAGCGAAGAAGACUGGAAGAAGUGGGAAGCGAUCAGGGAGGCCAGCAAAGCUAGACACAAGAAACGGCAGAUGGUAGAGAGACUAUUUCAAAAGCUUUCUGAUGAGCAAGGGAGUAAAUCACUGAAUGAUGUCAGCGCAGAUGAGCUUCAGUCGUUGCGCAAAAUCCGUUAUGAAGAGCUACAAAAGAUAAAAGAGCAGCUACAAGAGCAAGAUCUAAAAUGGCAAGAAGAUCUAGCAAAAUGGAAGAAUCGCAGGAAGACCUUCACUUCUGAAUUGCAAAAGAAAAAGGAAGAGAGAGAGGAAAUAGAAAGGAGAGCCUCUGAAGUGUCUGAAAGGAGUGCCAAGUCACUGAAAGAAAUGCAGCAGGAGAGGGAAGACAGGGAUCAGGACUCCUAUGAGCAGAGAAAACAUGACCGCAGGUGGACAUAUUCGCUGAACGAUGAUGUGUUUAGUGAAGAAAAAGCACCUUCCACAGAGUCAGCAGCAAAAGAUUACCUUCUGGAAGAAGAUACCUUUUACAACACUAAGGACAACAGCACACAUACUGUACAACCGCGCACAGAGAACCUGCCAGAGAGCUCUGCUGCUCGUGAAGCUCCUGCUCCAUCAAAGAGCCUGGCAGAGGAGCAGAGCUCGGCUCUUUUAUCUACUCGCUACUCAGUGAAUGCUCAAACUGGGUCAGCUCAGGUUUCAGCUUCUCUCCCCAGAAGUUACCAGAAAACUGAUACCUCUAGGUUAACAUCCGUGGUUACACCAAGACCUUUUGGUGUCCACUCUAGAGGAAUCUCAUCACUUCCACGGUCAUUCACGAUGGAUGAUGCCCAGAAAUACAAUGGAGAAGUAGAAAAAGCUAAAAGAACCCAAACUUUGUUCACUAGCGUUUCAUUUUCACAACCAGACUCUGCACACCCUCUCUCCACUGGUGCAUUCAGAAACAGAGGUGAGGAGGAGGACAAAGAAGGUGUUCAGUCAACACCUCCUCCUAGUUUGGCAUUACCUGUAAAAUCCCAAGACCAAGAUUCUGGAAGCAGUAUUCUUAAACCAGAGUAUUGCUCUCCUCCUGAUUCUCUUUCACUUGCAUCCUCUGCAGAAAAUGUGACUCUGGCAGAGCCUGAGGAUUCAAAAUCCCCGGAACAGUACAGUGAAAUGAGAAUCAGUAUAAACCAGAGACCUGGCCACAGUCGCAGCUUUGGGUUCACAACAAAUUGGAGUACUUCAGGGGCCUUUGUGCAGACAGUUGAAGAAGGGAGCCCUGCAGCACUUUGUCAGUUGCAUGUAAAUGAUGAGAUCAUUGCUAUCAAUGGUACAAAGGUUUCACAUAUGGACUCUAGUCAGUGGGAAGAAGCCAUCAACAGAGCACUAGAAACUGGAAACCUAGUCCUGGAUGUCAGACGAUAUGGAAAGAAUGGUACCUCUGAAAAUAAAUGGAUUGAUGCAACUUCUGGAGAACACCUUUCAAAUGUUUCCACCAUGUCAACAAAAAGAGACUUCUCCAGCAGCCUUCAAAGCUCUGAUACAGAAACAAAAUUGAUAAAUGGAAUGCAAGGAGAUGUUGGCUCUAAUGAACAAAGAGCAUCUGAACCUAUUUCUUUGAAAAACUUUAAAAGACGGUCUCAAUUUUUUGGACAAGGAGGCCCGGAGCCUGCAAUGCCUGAUCUCCCAGUCCCAUCCAUUAGUGCUCCCAGUCGUCGCGUUUGGGAUCAAGAGGAAGAACGAAAACGACAGGAAAAAUGGCAAAAGGAGCAAGACCGUUUAUUGCAGGAGAAGUACCAACGGGAACAAGAAAAACUGAGGGAAGAAUGGCUACGAGCUAAGCAAGAAGCAGAGAAAGAAAGCUCCAAAUAUUUUGAUGAGGAGCAAACUGUUCUGACCUUAAACACAUCGUCUGUCCCUGUGCAGGCUCCGUCUGUGUCCAGCUGGAGAGCAAGCGCUGAAGUGAAUACUGAAGAGCCAAGAGAGAGUGGAGGAAGUCAGAUGGCGGUGCAGUUGCUGCGUGAAGAAGAAGAAAGGAGGCGUCAGGAGGAACAGAGGAUCCAGGAAGAAGCAGCCCAGCGUUUUGAGCAAGAAAGGCAACUUCAAGAGCUUGAGAGGCAACGCAAAGAGAGGGAAGUGCAGUAUGCUGAGGAGCAGAGACGGCAGGCAGAGGUGGAGGAGCAAAGGCGGCAGGCAGAGAUGGAGGAGCAGAGGCAGCAGGCUGAAAGGCAGAGGGAGAAGGAGGUAUCGAUGGAGAUUCCUCAGUACCAAAGGCAUUAUGAGCGAUAUGAAGUAUCUAAAACAAUAGAGGAACGUGGUGGCCAUCCUGUCAUUGACAGGCAUUAUGAACGCUACGAAGUUUCCAAAACCACUGAGGAGCAUCCUAGCCAGUCAUUUGUUGACAGGAAUAAGUCCAAGUCAACUUCAGAACUGAAUGAGUUCAACACAGUGAGAAAUGGUACCCAGAGCAAGCAUUCAGAGAGGUCCUGGACCACAAGUGAGUCACAGAAGAAGGCUCAGAAGGAGCACAACCUUUCUGCAGCAGAGUUGGAGAGACAGCAAAUCCUUCAGGAAAUGAGAAAGAAAACAUCUCUACACACAGACAGCAGCUGGAUUAGGCAGCGCAGUUCCAGUAUACAUAAAGAGCCUGUCAGUCUGUACAGCAAUAGUAUGAGGAGAGGGGAGUCUUUGGACAACCUUGAUUCUUCAAGAACAAGUUCCUGGAGGCACCACUCAUGGCUGAACCAGUCUGCCUCCUCUUCAUCUCUGUCCUCUAAUCAAGAUGUCAGUCGUCCAGUGUCCACUUCAAACCGAGCUUACAUGUGCACUCCUUCCUCCAGCAAAGUACCUCCUGUGACCACCUCUGCCAGAGCCCCCUCUAUGUCCCAGGCAGCUCCCCGGGCUCAAUCUCCCCUCUCUGCUUCUCAGCCAGGGUCCCAGACACGAAGCAGGUCAGUCAGUGGGAAGAAAAUCUGUUCAUACUGUAAUAACGUUCUGGGCAAAGGAGCAGCCAUGAUCAUUGAGUCUCUUGGUCUUUGUUAUCAUUUACAGUGCUUUAAGUGUGUUGCCUGUGGAUGCGACCUUGGGGGAUCCCGAGCAGGAGCCGAAGUCAGGAUCCGAAACAAUAAACUCUUCUGCAACGACUGCUAUAUCAGAUUUAAAACUGGACAACCAACCUCCAUGUGAAGCAAAUGAAGAUCUGAAACCACUGUUGCAGAUACAAGAAGAGGUGAUUGCUGCUGUUGUAGAUCUAUAAAUAUAUGUAUUUUGUGUGUGUUUUUUCUAAGAGUAACGCUCGCUUGUCUAGUCUUCAUAGCAAUGCCUUGUAUUCUUCAUAUAACUAUUUUUAUUUAUAAGAAAGUAAUUGCAUUAAGGAAGUAUCUGGGGAAAUGCUUUCACUUUUUCAGCUUUGAGUACAGAGAGCACAAGGGAGAAUUAAGUAUAUUUUCAGUAAUAACUUCCAAAUAUUUUUGAGGCUUAUAAUCGACUAGGUGACUUUCCAAUGGUAUAAAAAAGAGAGUGUUUUGUUUCUAAGCUCUUCAGGUGAGCAUUAGAGAGAUAGCUAAUAUAAAUAUAUAUUUGCAAUUGCUGUCUUUAUAUUUUGACAUAUGCUGAAAGUGAGUUCUCUAGGUUAAUAUGAAGCUACAUUUAAAUGCACACAAAUGUGUUUGCUUUCCAUAUGCUGGUUUCUAAAAUGAUGUGCUUUUUCAAAACUUAAAUACAAAGAAUAAUCUGUUUGCUCAGUGGUGUUGGCAUAAUGUUCUGUGGAAUGCAUUUAAGGCAAAGAGUUUUCCCAUUUGGAAAAAAAUGUAACUAUCACUUUUUUCCCCCCCCACAAACUGAGUGGAGAAUGGUUGUUGAAUUACAGUAUAUUUGUAAAUAAAAUUUCUGA